CUCUGUUUCUUGGGUCCCAAACAACCCCCUCCCCCGCCCCCCGGUCAAUGCACCGAAGUACAGUAGAUUAUUCCUAUUCCGGACCCGGCUCAUGCUGUCUCCUCUUUUGUUUUGUGUUCUGCUACUGUCCCAGCUUCUGCUGCUGCUUCUGCUGUUGGUGCUUCCUUUCUCGUUUUCUCCUUCUCUGUCUUCUGCCCAGUGUCCUUUCAUACUGUCAUUCUUUCCUUGACUCGCUGGUUCCCGGAGUUGGGAAGCAUUGUAUUGCUGGUAUAAAGGAACCACCCCGCUCAUUUCCCUUGUCGGUCUUUUCCGUCUUUGCUGCCACCAAGCAAUAUGUCGCAGCCCAUUAAUGAGGACCAAAUUCAGAUAGAUACCAGCAGCGACAACGACUCCCUCUUGGACGCUGCAUCAAUCGCCGGCUCAAACGAGACCGUCUCCUCGACUGUGCACGACUACUGCUACGAGAAUGGGCGGCGCUACCACGCCUACCGCAACGGCCAGUACCCGAUGCCCAACGACAAGGAAGAGCAAGACCGGCUGGCGCUGAUGCACAAGGUCUUCAAGGGGAUCACAGGCGGGGAGCUGCACCGCGCCCCGAUCCACCGAGACCCGCACCGGCUGCGCCGCGUGCUGGACGUGGGCACUGGCACGGGCGUCUGGGCGAUCGAGUUAGCCGACACCCUCCCAGCCACUGAAGUCGUGGGCACCGACCUCAGCCCGAUCCAGCCGCAAUGGGCCCCGCCUAACUGCUCGUUUUUGAUCGACGACGCUGAGAGCGACUGGGCGUUCCCGCCCGAGGAGGCCUUCGACUAUAUCCACGGCCGCUCGCUCGGGGGCUCGAUCUCGGACUGGGAGCGGUUCCUGCAGCAGGCGUACCAGCAUGUCCGGCCCGGUGGCUGGGUCGAGAUCCAGGAGUUCGAGACGCGGAUUUACUCCGAUGACGGCACGGAUCAGGAGGCAGUGUUGAUCCAUGAAUUUCAACGUCGGUUGGACGAGGCGAGUCGCCAGUUCGGGAAGCGCAUGAAUAUCGCAGGCAGUGUGAGGGGGUGGAUGCAGAGCGCGGGCUUUUGCAAUGUCACGGAUGAUACGUAUAAGUGUCCGCUGGGCGGGUGGGCGAAAGACCCUCAUUUCAAGGACCUCGGUCGCUUGGGCAAGGCCGCCUUCUUCGAUGCCGUCGAGCCGUACUCGCUUGCUUUGUUUACUCGAGAGCUGGGCUACACGUAUGAGCAGUCGCAGCAGUAUAUGCAGGACGUCCGGCAGGAACUGGUCAACGGCUCGUUUCAUAUUUAUACGCUGUUUCAUUUUGUGUAUGGGCAGAGACCUUGGGAUGGGGAUGGGGAUAACGAUGACGGUGCUGCUGAUCAUGCUGAGAAUAAUGUUGUUGUUGAUGAUGCUGAUGCUGAUGAUGAUGAUGACGAUAAAUGA